GAAACAUUUAGCCAAUAGUAAAGAUACUCUGCAAGCCCACUCGCAUCAGGGGAUGCGUCUUUUUAUCGUUAUCUCAGCCUGUCUGUGGGUUUUAGCACUUACGACGACCAUUAGCAUUUUACCGAGGGUCAUCGAUGCUGUUGUCGUGAAAGGCUUGCAUGCUGGCGUCUCACAUGGGCGCAUCGGAAUCCUCAGAACACUCGAUUGUGUCGUGAAUCUAACGCAGUACAGGGAGGCGGUCCCGUCACCUUUCUAUACUUUGGCUAGUGUAAAUUUGAAAGAGGACGUUAGUAAUGAAAUUUUCAGGUUUCUUGUUCAAAAAUCAUUUGAUAUCAACGGAGAUGCUAGCUACAACUUCCAUCCAUUGACGGCUGCUUGUCGGAACGGCCAUUUGAAUAUUACCAACUGGUUCAUCACGGAGCCUAAUACCAUUCCUGAGGUCUACAUGAACAGACUGUAUUGUGAUGACCUUAAAACUCUUUAUCCAAACAUCACGUUGGUCCUACAAAAGAAUGAGAUACGCAGGUGCGCAUUUAGGCAUCCUCAAACAACCUACUACUCAUCAAGUAAACUCAAAUCGUACUACGAAGCGACCUACAAACGGCCCCAGCCGUCCCAUUUCAUGAGUAACAUCGACCCCGUUGGGGGGGUGCCGGAUGUUGAAUGGUGGAAAAAUACGGCGCGGAACUUACAUCCGCUGUUUGGAACUAUUGACAAGCCCUGGACUGUGGUCAAUCCUGCAUACUUUCAUGACUUUUUUAGUGUGUUGUUUUUCUAUUUGUUAUCGCCUCUAGACGAUACAGUAAACUUACUAACCGUAGUUGCAGCGUUUGCUUUUGGCCUUAUAUGGUCUUAUAGUUGGAUAAGAGCUUUGUCACAGUGAAAAAUAAAAGAUCAAAUAAAAGAAGAAUUGUAUAGACCAUGAAUCUAGAGAACCGAGAACCAAACUCAGUAAAGGAGUGUGGGUGUGAUUAGACCGGUGAAGAAUUUCAUUGCCCUUCCCUACGCUUUUAUAUUUUUACAGAUUAUUGAUUAAAUAUUAGAAAAAAAAA